UAUAGAAGAACACAUGUAAGACGCACGCGGGUUACAUCGUCGAGAAAGUUUUUUCUUUGUAAGUCUAAUAACUGCACGAUUGAUACUUAUUUACUCCUGGUCAUAAUGGAGUCGUCUGCGCCUUUCGUUAAAAAACACAGAAAGAGACCACUGAGUGAAGAGCCGGAUCCCGCGUAUGCUGUAUCGGAGCGCCUUAAACAGCAGAAACACUCAUCGCUGUGCACGACUCUGGGCGAAGAGGACGCGUCCGUUCGGCUGCUGGAGGAGCUCGUGUUCGGCGCGGAGGAGCAGCUGACGGAGCGACUGGCAGAGGAUAGCAGCACCUUACUGGAAGAUGACACAUGCAGUGUUUCAUCAGAGGAGAAUGAUGCAUGUCAUAAACAUCCUUCAAACAAAAAAGCUGUGUGGGAGGAUGAAGAUGACGAAGUGGAAGAAGAGGUUGAUAUGAUGCAUCGUUUUCGCAAGGACAUUAAAAAGAGUGAAGCAGAAGCCAAGAUAACAAAACAAAAGUUACAGCAGCGCUUAAAGGAACAAUUUCAGAAAGCAAUGGGCGGAACACCCGACUGGGCAGAAGUGACUGUGAGGAAGAGUCAUGGAAAAGAAGAUGAGUGUGAAGAUGAGGAUGAUAGUGAAGAAUUGCUGCGAAGGACUGGAAACUUUAUUGGCUCAUCAGAUAGCCUUCCAAAAGGAGUUAUUAAGAUAAAAAAGUGCUUGAAUGCCAAUAAUGAACGUCCAGGCGAUGAUCGGCUUACAACAGUACAGUUUCACCCAUCUGCUCAGAUUGUGAUGACAGCAGGUCUGGAUCACUCUAUAUCACUCUUUCAGGUUGAUGGCAAGAGCAACCCCAAAAUCCAAAGCAUCCAUCUGGAGAAUUUUCCAGUGAAUAAAGCUUCCUUUAGCACUGAUGGGGAACAUGUUGUGGCCACUGGAAUGAGGAACAAGCUCUUCUACAUCUAUGACAUGAUGGAAGGCAAAAUUAUCCCUGUGUCCACUGUCCGAGGUCUGAAGGAGCAAAGGGUGAAGGACUUUGAGAUUUCUCCAGAUGGAAAGCAUCUUCUCCUGUCUGGUUCCUCAGGAUAUCUCCAUCUAAUGACCACAAAGACUAGAGAAGUGAUAAGGAGUGUGAAGAUCAGUGGUAAUGUGUGUGCUGCAGCAUUCGCUGCCGACAGCAGUAAGAUCUUCACGAACUCUGAGGAAGGUGAGGUGUUCGUCUGGGAUGUGCGGACCAGUAAGUGUUUGAACAAGUUUGCAGAUGAUGGCUGUGUAAGAGGAACAUCACUUGCAUUGUCAAAAGAUGGCAUGUACCUGGCCUGUGGCUCUCAAUCUGGUGUGGUGAACAUCUACUCACAGAAAGAAUGCUUGCACAGUGUAGAGCCCAAACCUCUGAAGAGCGUCAUGAACCUGGUGACACCAGCAACCUCUCUGUGCUUCAACAACACCUCUGAGAUUUUGGCCAUUGGCUCAAGAGCAGACGAUGAGGCCAACCGAUUGGUCCAUAUUCCCAGUUUCACAGUGUUUUCCAAUUUUCCACAAUUCCGAAAGAAGACUAUCUUUCGAACCCAUUGUUUGGAUUUCUCCCCAAGGAGUGGCUUCUACUCUGUGGCCAAUAAUAAGGGUCAUGCACUGCUGUUCAGGCUUCUACAUUAUAAUGACUUCUAAAGAUGGACAGAUGGAUGUUUUUGAUAGCACCUACUCCUGACUAUUAAAACUGACCAUUAUACAAUUGUUCAAGUGAAUUCGUUAGAUUUUCAUGUCAUAAUAAAGACUGUCCUUAACAGUCUUUAGUGGAAUUGCUGUAGUGCUCUUGAGUGAAUAGCAGGGCUCAACCAGGAGGAAGUUGUCAAAAAGAGAUAUGCUUCAAAUGAUUCAAUUUAAAAAUAGUUCAGAUAAUAAAGCAACAAACACCUUCCAGUAAAUCAAAUAAUAGUUUACCACACUGAUUUAACCAAUUAAUUAGUGCAAAGCAUUCUCCAGGAUUACCUGUUUUCCUUUAAGUGGUCAAAUUCAGGACCAUGAACUGGGUCAUUCCUGUAAUGAAGAUCGUGUGAAUAUUGGAUAAAAUAUUAAACUUACAAUUGCUAAAGAUGGAAAUCAUGUUAAUUUUCUUGUCACAAUUUAGUGAACAUACAGUUCAGUUCAGUGGUGUGAUGAAUUCUGUGAUGUUUUGUGGUAUUGGUUUGUCUCAUUCUAAAAUAUUCCAUCCUGUUUGAUAAAUACUAAAUUGAUAAAUAUUGAUAAAAUUACAGAAAUCGGA